AUGGGUAGGAAUCGAAGACAUUCUGCUGAUUUCAGGUAUGAUUCGCUGUCUCUUGAUGCAGGGUAUUGUAGAAUCACUAUUCUGGCUCCAAGGGCCUGCUGUAAGUUUGCUGGUCAGGAUCUUUCACUGAUAGAUAAAAGUUGGACAGAGGAGCCCGACAAAUUGAGUAAAAAGUUUCGGUCAGGUGUUGAUUCCUUUAUUGAGAUGACCAAAAAUCAUCUCAUAAGAAUCAAAAAGGACAAGUGUCGAUGCCCUUGUAAACAAUGCUUGAAUGGAAACGACCCAGUUUCGUUAGAUUUGGUCAAGAAUCAUUUGCUUAAAUAUGGAAUGGCAGUUAGUUAUAGAUAUACAAUAUGGUAUGAUCAUGGAGAAGAAGACAACCCUGCACAAGAUCAGUCAGCGUCAAGUUCUGUCAAUGUCCAUAAUGAUGAAACAACUUUUAUUGGGAAUGAAAAUGAGGCUAUACUUGAGAUGUUACGUGAAAAUGUUGAAUCCUUAACUUCUGAUGGGAAGGAUGGAGGGGAGAAAAAUAUUGAAGCUGAUUUAUCCAUAUUUUCCGCAUUAUUAGAUGAAGCUAAGCAAGAGCUAUAUCCUGGUUGUAAGGACUUUACGUCGUUAACAUUCUUGGUAAGGUUAAUGCAUAUCAAAGUUCUUAACCGCCUGAGUAAUAAAAGUUUCGAGAUGAAUCUGGAGUUACUUAAAAAAGCUUUUCCAAAGAACAACAGCAUUCCCAGUUCAUAUUAUGAAGCUAAAAGAAUGUUGAAGGGUUUAGGAUUGGGUUAUGAGUCAAUUCAUGCUUGUAAAAACGAUUGUGCUUUAUUCUGGAAGGAGUAUGAAAAGGAAGACAAAUGUCCGGUAUGCAGUGAAUCUAGAUACAAGUUUAAUGACGGUAAAGGUAAGAAGAUCCCACACAAGGUGCUGCGUUAUUUUCUUUUAAAACCAAGACUGCAGAGACUGUUUUCGUCAAAACACACAGCUCGUGACAUGAGAUGGCAUAAGGGCAGACAUGUCGAAGAUGGUGUUUUAAGGCAUCCAGCUGAUGCUGAAGCAUGGAAGGAUUUUGAUGCGCGGUAUCCAUGGUUUGCGGCAGAACCUCGUAAUGUGAGGUUGUGUCUUGCUAUUGAUGGGUUUAAUCCCUUUGGACAUAUGAGCAAUGCGUAUAGCUUGUGUCCAGUGGUGCUGAUGCCGUACAACCUCCCUCCUUUUAAGUGCAUGAAGCAACCUUUUUUCAUGAUGUCGUUAUUUAUUCCUGGACCGCAAGCACCUGGCAAUGACAUUGAUGUAUAUUUGCGCCCUUUAAUCGAUGAGUUAAAAGAGCCGUGGGAUGUCGGUGUGGAAACUCGUGAUGUCUCGACAGGAAAAGUUUUUUGUAUGCGUGCAGCUGUGUUAUGGACCAUAAAUGACUUCCCGGCAUACGCUAAUUUAUCUGGUUGGAGUACAAAAGGGUAUCUCGCCUGUCCCGUGUGUAAUGAUGAUCCGCCUUCACGGAAACUGAGAAGCAAGAUAGGUUAUUUGUGUCACCGACGGUUCUUGAAUCCUGGUCAUACCUGGCGAGAUAGCAGACUUCAUGAUGGACAUAAAGAAAAACGGGAUCCACCGGAAGAGAAAACAGGGGAUCAACUGUUGUAG